AUGACAGAAUCUCUUUGCUCAUGUUGCCAGCUUCUUGGAAAACCGUCGGCUCAAAUAAAUUUUAUCAUCGCUACAGGCGUACCAGACAGUAUGGUGUACCAACGAAUCAAGUAUUUACUAGAAAAUUAUUCAGAACGUUCUUCAUACACAAAUGAUAUUCGUCUAACUAAUUAUGAAACAUUGAUGGAUAUCAAUAAUCACCUCUUUAGUCUUGGAAAUCAUUCAUCAUCAAAUGAUCAAUCAAUAUCAACUCCUAUACAAACAUGUUGUGAUGGAUUCACUGCUAUGUCAAUUGAUAUUGAGGAUAUAUCGAAUUCUUCGCAGCUAGAAAGAUUUCAGAAAACAAUUCUUGAACUAUUAGACUCAACAACUGAAGAAAAAUAUAUAAAACGUAAAUUAAAAAGUUGGAUCAUGCUUAGCGGAUCAGUAUGUUUAGAACCAGCAUUACUUAAUAUAUUUCUUCGACACACUAAUCGUAAUUCAUUAUUACGAAGCUUCAAAUUGACGAUACUCUGUUUUCUUGUUGAUGAAAAACGACUUUUCGAAAAUUGGCUAUUUCAAAAUUUAUCUAUUAAAGAUUAUCAAUCAAAGAGUUUCCCUGAAUAUCAGCGCCAAAUUGACAAUUUCUUCUUCUUAUUAAAUUCUUCAAACUAUCUUCAAGAAAAUACAUUACUUGUUGAAGAACGAACUGUUUUAACUGAUAGUACACUUCAGACAUUGAUUCGCGAUCAUUUUCGUAAUGAUUCAUCAAAAUAUCGUGCAAACAAUGAUAAACUCCGUUUCGAUAUGGCGAAAUUACUGUCACCGUGCCAACGAACAGUGCGUGACGUACGUGAUGUUCGUAUUGAAUUACAAAACCGUUAUAGUCGCAUCGUAGAAAAUCGAUUGAAGCCACUUCUUCAAGAUCUUCAACAAUCAUCUACGGCUGAUAAUGCUGCUCGUCAAAUUGUUCAUCUUGUUCUAAAUGAUUUUGAACGUAUGAAUGACGAAGAAUUGCGAGUCUAUAAAAGACAAUUAAUCCUUGGCUUUCGAGUCCAUGAUGCAGAACACGCAAACACAAUUGCUGCUCAACUAGUUCGUUAUGCUCUUCAGUUACUCAGAAACCAUAAUGAUAAUGCAUCAAUACCACUUAUCUAUUCAAUAGUUUCAGUUAUAUGUAUAUUAGGUAGCCAUUUUUAUUUUCGUCAUGAAUUAUUUAAUCAUACACCUGAAAUAUACACAUUGAGUUUGUUGCUUGUUAGUCAACGACAGUAUGCGCUAACAUUAUCUGGCCUUCGACUUUGUAAAACUAUUCUAAAUGGUGAUCAAAACGAAUAUAAAUAUGCAAUCGCUUAUUUAAAUCAUGAUCCUUUAACUGCACGCACAAUUUUAGAUGCAAUAAAAUGGCUUCUAUCGCCUUAUCAAGCGCUCAAAAAAUUGUGGAAAGAAGAAGAAGAACAAGAAGCAAUAAAAGAAUAUGAUGGUUAUGAGUCAACCGAAGAAGAAUCGAAAGUGUAUAUUGCAGAGCGUUGUUGCUUUCGUCAUGCAGGCAUUCUCUGUGGACGAUCCUAUAUACGUACUCUUGCAUCAUUAUUUUAUGGCUCAGCGGAUCAUUGUAUGCAGGCGACAGAGGAUGAUGUGCACAACUUUGCUACAGUCAUUGUUGUUUUAGCAGAUUCUCGAAUGGUUGAUGGGAGUCGAUGCGAAAACAAACAUCGUCUUACUUUAAUGCUUAUAAGUGAAUUAUGUGCUCUUCUAACACCUAUUCUUUUAUACAGCUUACCUUCGGUUAGUUUAGCACUACUGAAUGAAAAUUAUUUAUUAUUAGCUAUUCCUAAAGCUAUUCAAGGCUUGCUUAAAACAAAUGAUGUCGGCGAAUAUAUGAUAAACCUAUGCAUUCGUUUUUAUACGCAGUUUGUUCAAUCAAAAUGCAAACAGAAAAAACUUGACGAUGAUAUAGUAGAUGAAGAAAAAAUAGAAUCAUUCGAUACGCCAACAAUUGAAUCUACAAUCGAUACAAUUGUUCCUUUGAAUCUUUCUCAAGAUUUAAUUUCAUCAUACUUUAAUUUAUAUCAACAAAUUCAGAAAACAUCUUUACUCGAUGAGAAAUUAGCAGAACAAGCACAAAUUCAAGCAUUAUUCAAUGAAGAAUGGAAAAAGUUCGAUAUUCUACAACUUCAACACGAUAAUCAACAAAUAAAACAUGAACAAAUGUUACUCAAAGAAGAAUUGCUACAAUUAAGAAAUGAAUUACAACGUACCCAAUCAGAGAGAGAUCAAUUUAGAAAAGAAAAUAUAAGAAUAUCUCAAGAAAUAGAUAAACUUAAACUAAUGCCAACUACCAGUACACCUGUAGAAUCUCAACAGUUAUCAAUAGUUACUUCUACUGAUAAUAAUAAUCAGAAGGAUUCCAUUGAUGGAUUACAAAGCCUUCCUCCAAAUGAAAUUACCUCGGAACAAGCAGAAAAAUGUAUUCGUGAGAUUUAUUAUCGGCGAACAACAUUCAAUGAUAAUGAUAUGCGAAAAUCUAUUUGUGGAUCACUCAAACAUCUUGGUUCUCAUCUUUAUAGUUCACCUGUUCAUUUUUUACAUGAACUUAUUCAGAAUGCUGAAGAUAAUUCUUAUGAUAAGUCAAUUAUACCAUGUUUACGUAUUGAACUUAAUCAUAGUUAUAUACUUUUAUCAAACAAUGAACAAGGUCUUCGAGCAAGAGAUGUAUUAGCUAUUUGUAGUUUAGCUGUUAGUACAAAGACAAUUGAACAAGAACAUAUUGGUGAAAAAGGUGUUGGUUUUAAAUCAGUUUUUGCUGCUUCUAAUCGACCAAUACUUAUUUCACAUGCUUGGAAAUUUUGUUUUCAUGUAUCAGGUCUUGAUGCUAUGUCAUAUAUAACUCCAUUAUGGAUAACAGAUCAAGAUAUUCCUGAUUGUAUUUCUAAUCAAAUUUCAACAUAUGCUCAACAUACUCAUCUUUAUUUACCGCUCAAAUUACAAGCACAUACACCCGAAGCUAAUAUGUUUCUUGAUCAAGUUAUCAAAGCUGCAGAUCCAUGUAUAUUACUUCAUAUGCGUCACUUAAAAAAACUUGAAAUUAUUGAUAAAAGACAGAAUAAAGUAACAAUCAUUGAAAAAGAAAUCAUAGGUCCAACGAAAUUAGAAGAACAAUCAAAUGUAACAUUUGAAGAUUUUACAUUUCUUAAUCUUGCUGGGUCUAUCAUUCAAUUAAAUACUUUAACAGGAUAUAAUACUUUUCGUGUGUAUACAUGUUAUAUUGAUGUACCAAACUCAAUUGAACAACGACGAACGUCAAAAACACGACUUAUUAUAGCAUUUCCUUGUGAAAUAAAUUAUGAUUUGACAAGUACAGUUUAUGCAGGUUUACCUGUUUGUGAUCUUGGUUUUAAUUUUUUAUUUAAUGCCGAUUUUCAAUUAGUCACUAAUCGAGAAAAUGUUCGAGAAAAUGUUUUAUUCAAUACACUUAUUCGUAAUCAUUUAUCAGCACUUUUUGUCUAUCUUUUAUUAAAUGAUAUAGAUUUAAGAAAAGAUAUGAAUCGAUAUUGUCCAUCAUUAAAUACACAUCAAGGAAAAUAUUCAUCAUGGUGGCUUGUUAUGAUUGAUAAUAUCAAUGAAUUAAUAACUAAAUAUCUUUCAGUACUGUUUGAAAUUCAAACAGGCAAAACAAUACGUUACUUUAAUAAAGAUUUAGCAUUACUUGUAUCAAAUGAACAAUUAUACAAUUGUGCUGAUAUUCAUGUGAUUGAUACCGAUCAUACUUUCUUGACAUCUGAACAAUUAAAAUCUUUUCAAAUUCAAACAGUUUCAAUUAUAGAUAUUUUGAAUUGCUUUCCACAUCGACAAGAAACAUUAGAAAAUAAAUAUCGUCAACAAUUUGAACUAUGGACACAAAGACAAGAUGAACAAUGGUGGUCUCUACUUUUUCAUCAUUUAGCUCAAAUGAUGACCUCAGAAAUUUCUCAUAAAAUUUUAAAAGCACCAAUUUUUCUUCUUCAAAAUGAUCCUCAAAGACAAUAUUUACCAAUCAGUGAUAAUACACAUUUACUUCUCUUUAUUAGUGAUAAUCCACAAUUUCGAAUGUGGAAAAAACAACUCACACUUUUACGAUAUUCUUCAAAAUCAGAAAGAACUGCUCUUCUUAAAUCGAAUCAUGUACAACUGCUUACAGAAGAGCGAAUGAUUGAGAUUAUUCGUCAAAAUCAUUUACAGUUAGCUAUUUCAUCUCUUGUUAAUAUUUCAAUUGUUCAGUUAAUCGAAGAAAUAUGGGAAGAUUUAUUCUAUUUGAAAUGUCAUUUAAAUAAGUUAGAUAAAUCUACUCCAUUUCUUGUACCAGUUUUUGGAACAUCAACUCUUAUUCCAAUUCAAAAUGCUAUAUUGCCAACAAUACUAGGAAUAGAUAUUCGAUCAUUUAUACAUCCAACAAAUUCAUCGAUCAUUGCUUUUCCUUAUCAUCAUGUUCAUCAUUCUCAAUUGUUCAAUAUUCUUCAAUGGGAACAUUUUCUACUUGAAAUGAAUUGUCAGCGAGCAUCGAUUUAUCUUCCAAUAAACUAUUCUAUCAUAAAAUUACCAUUUUUGCCAACAUUAACAAUGUUCACAGAUGAAAAAUGUGUUCAAUUGGCAGAAUUAAUUCUUUCAUAUCAAAAAGAAAAUACAAAAGAUUGUCUUCGACAGUUUCCAAUUGUUGAUGAUUCAAAAAGCGUACAACAAAUAAGUCCAAUCUCAGCUACUUUUGAUGAAAUGAUCGUUCAAGAUUUACCCUCGUUACCACGUAUCACUAUUCCAUCUUAUUGUCGUGUAUUAGCAAAAAACCUUGGUAUUUGUGUCGAAUAUGACCUUCGUACAUGUGUUAAUAUUCUACAAUUAUUAAGUAAUGAAAAAAAUACAAACGUUGAUUUGUAUAUUAAAUGGUUAAGCCAUUUCCAAUUGUAUGUUCGCCAACAACAUAUUGAAUCGAACAUAAAAACUUUACUAUUAUCAUGUCAAUUGUAUCUUCCUGAUCAAAAAAAUUCCUAUUUAUUAAAAGAUCUUUUAAUUGUAUCAAAUAAUGAAGAACAGCAUGAUAGUCUUUUACUCAUUUCUAAAUAUCUCAAAUUACAAUUAAUUUCACCAUUAAAUAAUCAAAUUUAUUGGCAAUUCAAAGAUCUCUUUCAUGUUUUAGGUUGUAUAUCUACGUCUACAAUUACUAUUGAUCACAUUUGUACUACAAUCUAUUGGGCAAGUCGUGACAAAAGUAAUUUCUUCGCUUUGGGUGAUUGUAAUACAACGUUAACGGAAAAUGGUAUAGAAAAAAUGAUUGUUUUAUAUCAAUAUCUUGAGAAUUUAAUAUUGAAAUGUGUCAAAACGAAUAGGUCAAAUAUUGAUUUAUAUGAUAACAUUGUAACCAAAAAACAUCCAACAGCAUCAUAUGGUAGUCGAGAAGAUUUAGAAUGGCGUUUUAGUUUUACUUGUAAUUCUUUAUCACAACAAUUGAAAAGAUUAACUGGUAUACAAUCACAACGGAAAAAAAUUGGUCUUCCUACAAUUAAUCGACAAAUUAUUACAAAAAAAAAUGAUAAGAUUAUUUAUGCAUGUUUAGAAACUAAAAUCAUUCAAAAUUUAUCAAAAGAUAUUAGACAACGUUAUUUUAUUUUACCAUUGAUUGCUCGAACAUGUCCAUUACUUUUGGCGACAUUUGACAUUGAUUAUAUUGAACGACGAGGCAAAGUUCAAUGGAUACAUAAAAAUCAUAAUCUCGAGUUUUCUCUGAAACAAUUAACAGAAGUCUUUCGUACGACUCUUAAUGACUUAGAAAUGGAAGUGAUAACAGCAAAAUAUGCUAGUGUAACUCUUCUUCUAUCCGAUUCUUUUGUGAUUGAUUCAAUCAAUGAACAAAAUGAAAAUAAAAUUGAUCAAUAUGUAAUAGAUAGUGAUUAUCCUUUCUGGAUAUUUAAAAACACGAUUCUUCUUUGUACUGGUCAGGACAAAGAUGAUAAUUCAAAAGCAAUUAUUGCAAUAUCGGCUUUAACAACUCUAUUACACAACCGAAAACAUAUACCAUUCGAAGAAGCUAAAUCAAUUGCUCGACAAAAGAUAAGUACAUGCACUGCAUUUCGUUCCGAACAUACUGCACGUGUUGCUAGUACAGAACCUACCAUUUAUUCAUAUAUUGAUUUACUCUUUCCUACUGAUCAUCAUUCUAUUGAAUCGAUGAUUAUAUCAAUAGGAAAACAUUGUACGUUGGAACAAGAUCUUGAAAAAACUACAAUAGGUAUGGUUGCUAUUGAUCGAACUGCUGAGGAUGAAAUUUAUCGCAAUCGUGUAAAAACACAAAAUCAUAUUCCUCGAAAUAGGAACAUGACUAACAAUUGGAAAGAUUCAUCAAUUGUAGAUGGUAUCGAACAACUUCGUAUUGGUCAAAAUGCAGAACAUUUCUUUUUUGUCUAUCUACAAAAUCAUUAUGGUUCAAUAGAUGUAACACCGACAAAAAAUUGGCGCUCGUCAUCACGUCUUAUUACUUAUCCACAGUGUCAACGUAAUAUCGAUGAUUCAAUUGGUUUUGAUUUUGAAUUACAUGAUACAAAAGAAAUAUUUGUUUGUGGAUCAGGAUCAAGAACAAAAUAUUGCUAUUUUGAAGUUAAAGGCACUAGUGGAUCAUUCAAUGAAACACAUACUCGUUUUCAUAUUUCUCAAAAUGAAUUAGACAUGUGUCAAUCGAUUGCAAACGAUAAGAAACGACAAGAACGCGAAGCAUAUUUCAUUGUUAUUAUAGAAAAUUGUCUUGAUCCCGAAAAGAUCUCUUUCGGUACUGCUAUUAAUUGGUAG